AUGGAAACCUCAACCAAAUCUUUAGUAAAAGCUCAGUAUCAUCAUUUCAUCCCACGAUUCAUCCUACGAAACUUUGCCCAUCCAUUUGAAGUCCCAGCGGGGCCCAACAGGCGGCGCAGAAAACGGAGCCAGAAUGGUUGCUAUCCAGGAGAUCCAAUGCUUCACACCUUCAGUUUCGCUGGAUCAUCUGCAGAUAUCGGUGAAAGCCCUGUGGCCAAAACAUUGGGCAUCACCGACAUGUAUCGAGAUUUUGCGGACCUGGACAAUCCACAUCACAUCGAGGAAAAGCUUUCUAAGCUGGAGUCCCGUGCUGCUGUAAUCAUUAACACUGUACGUAAGGCGUUCGAGAAGAAAGAGAAUGGAAUUUGGAUCAAUCGCACGGAUAGGGACAUUUUACGCAAGUUCCUUUUUAUUAUGAAGUAUCGGGGCUCCACAGCUCAUAAGCGAUUCUACCACGACAAACCAGAUGAUUACUCGUCCAACGACAAGGAAAGGCUUCAAGACUACAUGCGGUCAAAGGGAUUCAAGAAACCGAUUGACGUAUGGUUCGACAACAUAAACGCGAUGCUGGACCUGGAUAUGGACCCCGAGCAGGGCUGGAUGACUCGAUUGUUGGAGCAAGUCUACCCUGAUGACGCUAUGUGGUUCAUAGCGCAUGUGCAGAUGAUGUAUCUUGCAUUCUGUACGCCCUCCGAUCCGAAGGGCGAAUUUUUGCUGUCAGAAUUUGCCUACAGCAUCCACGAGGGACCGGUUCAUUUCGAUUACGACAUUGGUACAAAUAAAACUUCCGAGGGGUGUUACACCGAGUAUCAUUGUUUUGCCGCCAUCGCCCCACAACUAAUGAUUGUUCUUCGAAGCUUCAUGCUCCCCGUCGCUGAAGAAGAUGUCAACGAAGAAAUAAAAGCAUGGAGAGAGGAUAUGUUUCGGCAGAACGCACUCCUACUUAAAACCCAUGACUUGCAGAACGUGCAGUCUAUCCUCAAGGAUCUGCCGAUCACGAAAGCAAGUAAUUUUUACACUCAGCCCCAUAACAAUACACCGGGAUCGUCAGGUAGCAGCGCAUGGUCCCCUCGCUCAACUGAUCGAUUUUGCUUCAAAUUCUUUCCCAUCUCUGUCCAGCAAACAGACAGAAUCAACUUCAUAAUGUUGGAAAACUCAUACGCCGCGUCGACGAUGGUCUUCAAGACCCCCAGUGCGGCCAAGAGAACGUUACAGGAAUACCUGACAACACCAUGCGAAAUAAAUGGUCUCCGCUCAUUCAAGACCGUCGAAAACAUGACGAAUGACCCCAGGUUUCUAUUCAUAAAGAAACUGGAACAGCUAGUCAGCAAGCUCGGUACCAACAUCACAGCCACGAUCUCCAGUCUCGGUCUUGACGAAUUCGAAAAAGUGCGUCAGAAACUCGCCGACAGCUUCCCAAAAGAACCCACUGGAAUGAUUAAGAUCUACACCAAGCUUGGCGGCAGCGGCCCAACGCUCCUCCAAGAUCUCGACCAAGCAUCCAAAAUGCUCAACAUGCGAAUCAAAAUCGACGUGUGGUCAAAACACCUCCCGCCUUCCACCCGCGAAGACAUCCGCGAGAAACUGGGCCAUAUGUUCUGCACGCUACCGACGCGGCGUCUGUACUUCUACCUCAAGCGCGUGAGGGUUAUGCUGCAAGGGGGCAAGACUGCGGAUCGAGCAAUGGCAUCGCAAAUGAAAAUUGAAGAAUUGAUGGAGGGGAAGGGGGAGGGGGGAGAAGAUGUCAUCGCUAAUGCGGCACACCUAAUCAGAGCCGGGCGGUUGGGGCAUCUACUCUAUUUCGCAACCAUCAACGAGAUUCAUAAAUCCAAGAUCUUGGGGCCCGCGGGCAGUAUUUGCGAUUGCGGGAUUGAAGGGGUGGAAAGUGGUGCGAGGGGGUGGAGGGAGAUGGUAAGGGUGGAUCCGAUGUUUGAAGCUUUUAGGACGGAGAUGGGGUCGGAUGUGGGGUUGGGUGUGGGGAGGAGUGGGGUAGGGGUGGAGGCGGUGGAGGAGAAGAUCGAGGUUAUGACGAGGGUGAUGGUUCGGAGGAAUCUGAGAGCUGUUUGGGAGAACGGGUUGGCGAAGGAGGAUGUAAAGGGGUUGGAAAAGGUGCUUUUUGAGACGGUGUUUCCGUGUCCACCUGGUUGA